AAUUUCUCUCUUUAUUUGUAGUUCAUAUAAACUUCAAUCAAAUCUCACACCUCUUAAGGCAUGGCCAAAAUGGAUAUCGAUGAUGUAGUGGACUUAAGUCUUGGUUCUAGUCGAGAUCCAGCAUUAACUAUAACUCCAUCUGGUAUUCGGGACGCCCGUGUUGCAUCGCAAAAUUCUGGCCUGACUAUUAUAUCUACAUCGUCACUGCCCAGCACAAUUUCAACUAACGAAUUAGUAUUGCAGGAAGAUAAUAAAGUACAACGACGUGUUCUAAGACCACGAACUGAACCAAAGUCCUACGCAGAGGCACCAGAUAUAGUUUUAUUACCAGCACGCAUAAACGGCCGGCAACAUAACGGAAACAUAGAUUCUGAAACAGACGAUGAAGAUUCUGCAUCAUACGUUCCUAUAAAGGAAUUGUCCCCUGCUGAAAUUGUGGAACGGGAAAAAGGCUUGCGCAAACUUAGGGAGGAUCUGCGAAAUGAAGAAACAAAAUUGGUUUUGCUUAAGAAACUUAAACAGUCGCAACAUGUAAUGAAGGAGAACUUAGCCCUCACGCACACAGCUUCCUCUAGCAAUGCCAUGACUCUUAUCCCAACUGCUCUCACAUCUAAAAGUUCAUUAAGCGUAACAACUACAACUAUAGUGACUGUGUCGAACCAAUCAAAAGGUCGGUCCACCACUGUAAAUAUAAACACUACAUCAUACAGCCGCAAUUCAGUGUCAUCUCCAUGUACUAUGGUAACUUCAUCACCUUCAUUCAGCCGCGCUAAUUCUUCGGUUCUUCCACCACCUCGUUCGUCUCUUCCAGGAGGAACAACAUUGACCUCAGGCAAUUCGCAUUCUUCUCAAAGAAUUCAUUCACGUUCCAAUCUUCCAAAUCUUACCAUUACACCUUCAGUUACAAUCACGCCGACUACAGCCCCCCCUUCUGGAAUGAAACCACGUAAUAGCAAUAUUAAUGACAAUUCAAAGAUAUCUGGGAUGAUAAAUAACUCCGUUUCUAUCACACCUGCUACAUCAAACCUGCAACAAAAUCAACAGCAGCAACACCACGAUUUAAAGUGUGAUCGUAGCACGUCUCGUGAUGAAGUAUUGACACCGGCACAGAGGCAAGCAGCCGCAAAACUGGCGUUACGAAAGCAGCUUGAGAAAACGCUUCUGCAAAUACCGCCUCCAAAACCGCCUCCACCAGAAAUGCAUUUUAUUCCCAAUCCCAGUAAUACUGAAUUUGUGUAUUUAUUGGGUUUGGAGACAGUUGUGGACUAUUUAACAACCAAUAAUAAAAAGUCAAUGGCAGUGGUGCCACCGUUCCAAUGCGCUCAGUGCAAAAUCGAUUUCACUCCAGUUUGGAAAUGGGACAAGCAGGGAAAUAAAGAUCCUAAAGUAAUUUGCGAACAGUGUGUAACCACUAAUGUUAAGAAGGCAUUAAAGGCGGAGCAUACAAAUCGACUAAAACAGGCAUUCGUUAAAGCUCUUCAGCAGGAACAAGAAAUUGAGCAGCGGCUAACCAAUCAAGGCACUCCAUCGCAUGUAGAUGUUCGCAGUUCUUCGAGUUCUUCGGCACCGUCAACACAACCCUCGCUUCAACAGCAACCAUUACAGCAUUUACACCAGCAGCAACAGCAUACCCCGAGUGCUCUUGCUAAUUUGCCACCUUCAGUAACUGUUAUUCCUACAAAAUGUCAUACGCCUACACCCAGUGUAGCAUCUCGUCCUACACCGCCUCCCUGUAUCCAACAAACUCCCACGCCUCCGCCAUCUACCACACCGCGUUCUUCACGUAAUCAACAGCCAGCUUCACAACCCACAACAAAUCCAACAAGCCAAUUACAACAUCGUGACCGCGAACAGGUGCAACAGCAGCAGCAACAAUACGACAAAUACACUACUGCAGCGCUGGCCGCUGCUGCUGCUCAACUUAGUGCGCUUGGCAGCUUGCCUAGUUUAAACAACAUUGCUAGUAUAACCGGCUUGGGAAAUCUUGGCAAUUUCUCAGCUUUAGCAGGAUUAGCGAAUAUAUCAACAGCUGGGACUACUAAUCCUUCCGCUAGUGGACUUGGAAACGCUAAUUCAGCAGCUCAAGCCGCCGCUUUUCAAGCUUUUCAGCAGCAGCUUCUUCGAGCUUUAGGUCAAGGAUUAGCUGCUAAUCCACAGCACAUGAUACAAUUUACACCACUUCUUUACUCUUACCAAAUGGCAAUGGCUCAGGCGGCACAAGUAGCAGCUUUCACAAACAAGAAAAAUUCCUCCUCCGCGUCUUCAAAGAAUCAGACAUCCAAUUUGGCCGAGAUACAACGGGCUGCCGAACUGCAAAGGCAAUACUUAAUGGAAAUGAUGCCGCAACCACAGGCGCCGGGAUCAAGUACUAAUCGUCAAAAUAAUUGGAAAACAUAAGCAUCCUUUAGAUUGCAUAAUAUGUUUGAGUAGUCUGACUUUAGAUAAUGUUUUAAAAUCAUAAUAUAUUCAAGGAAAGCAUUAAUGUUCCGUAAUAUAGAAAGUAAUAAUAUUAAUAAACUAACGAGGGUGUUCCGUAUGUGUAUAAUUGCGUCUAACAAUAGUAUAGUCGAAA